GCGGCAGCGCCGGCGGAAGGGGCGGGGCGCAGGUAGGGGUGGCCUGGAGGCCUGCAGUCCGCGCGGCCGCGGGGAGGGACGGGAGGCCCUGACGUACAGGUUAUAAGUGCCAUGGCUAUGACGAGUGUCAAAUUGCUUGCUGGUGUUUUAAGAAAGCCAGAUGCCUGGAUUGGACUCUGGAGUGUUCUCCGAGGGACACCUUCUUCACACAAACUCUGCACUUCCUGGAAUCGAUACUUGUAUUUUUCUAGUACCAAGUUACGUGCACCAAAUUAUAAAACACUUUUCCGUAAUCUUUUCUCACUGAGACUCCCAGGGCUUUUAAUAUCUCCAGAAUAUAUUUUUCCAUUUUCCAUAAGACUGAAAAGUAAUAUAAGCUCUAAAAAAUCUAAAAAGUCUCUGCAAAAAGUAGAUGAUGAAGAAGACUCUGAUGCAGAAAGUGAUCAUGACGAGAUGAGUGAGCAGGAAGAGGAGUUUGAGGAUGACCCUACUGUAGUCAAAGACUAUAAAGACUUGGAAAAAACAGUGCAGUCUUUCCGGUAUGAUGUUGUCCUGAAGACAGGUCUAGAUAUUGGGAGAAACAAAGUGGAAGAUGCAUUCUACAAAGGUGAACUCAGGCUGAAUGAGGAAAAAUUAUGGAAGAAAAGCAGAACGGUGAGAUACUAACCUAAAAUAGCCAGAUGUUUUUGUCUCUUGCUCUGUUA